ACCGAGGAGGCUCCUCCCCAACAACAGUUCCCGACCCUCCGACGAGGAUUGAAGCUGCCACAUUGAAGAGGAACAAAAAGGCGACCUGGCAGCGGUUUCUACACUCCCUCCACUUUCUCCGGAUAGUCACGGGAUUUCAAUGUUCAGCCUGCUCUUUGUAAGUAAACGAUAACCUAACAGAAAAAAAGGGAUCUGUGGGAACUUCAUUGUGAUUUGAUCACGAGUGAUUGCAGCAUCAUACUUAAUCUGAAAGAGCCUGAUUAGAAAGUUCGUUUAUUGUAAGAUGAUCAGCACAACACAAGGGGGCUGAAGUGAACACGAGUGGGUGUCUGAGUUGUUGAAAAAUGAUGUAGCAACGUUAACGUUUGCUCAGAUAUGAAUGUCUGGAUGGCAAAAUUGUUGACUACCUUAACUCCUGUAAAAAUAUGUACGUGUGUAAAUUCCUGCGUAUAUCGUCUGACCUUACUGCUCUGUCGCAAUGUGUUGCCCACCAUUAGAUUUUCUAGCUGUGGUGAAGUUCUCAGAGCUGAUAAAAGCAAAGUGACGGGCUGGGCUAGCCUGGUAGCUAACUUAGCAACGUUAGCUGAGGUCUCUUUCUAGAAUAAAAAGAAAAAUCCGUGGUUAACUUUACGACCUUCAGUGACAGUGUGCAGCCGCUUGAUUUACACUUUUAUGUCAUAACAAAGUCGGUGUUGUAUCGGACAAUGCUGUGAAAGUGCCUAAACGUCGUCUGCAAUUUCACAUGAGAAGAGCUAACGUUGCCAAUGCGUUUAGCUAACGACGCGGAAGUUAGCGUCUUAUUCGAUGCUUCUGAUUCGGCUGUUGCGGGGAAGGUUAUGGAAACAAGAUCUUGCUCCAAAAUCAGGAUUCUUAGACUUGUCAAAGCUGGUGUAGAUGAUCCAAGAGAGUACACACUAUGUUAAGUCAUUUUAUAUCCUUCAUCCUGAUAUUUACAGUGUUUGAAAGGGCGUGUUCACUGUUUUCUUUAUUAUCAAGACAUCAUUGGAUCAGGUCCUGAACCAGAACCGCAAUAAAAUGACACGUGAUCUUGCCAAAUGUAUUUAUUAUAGAGAGGAUUUAGUCUUUAAUACCUGAAACUGGAUCUUACUGGUAUACAUGUUGUCGAUUUUGAUCAGGAUCUGUGCCAUUGGGGCUAGAGGCGGUCUUGCACCAUGACACUAUCUUUUACAAGUAGAAUAAGGGGUUCAAUAUUCCGUAACCGUGUGUUAAAGGGACUGAAGACUCUCCUGGAAAAUUAAGUUAAUGUCUUACAAAUCUGGGCUUAGUGUUUCUGGCUGCAGACCCAGCUCAGUGUGGUCUAUGGGCGAGAAAAGCUGUGAAAUUGUCCUUCUAGUAGUUUUCACAAACAGGGUGGAGGUUUCCCAUAUAUAAGAAUGCGUAUUAAUCAGUCUAUAUAAUACCUUGCGUAAUCUAGUCCACAUCUGGCAAACUUGACACUGUAGUUUUGGAUCAGGACCCGGUUUCCACAACCUCUCCUGCACCAGCGGUAUCGGAAGCGACGAAUAAUAUGCCAACUUCAUCUUGGAACGCUAUUGGUCAAUGUGUGAAUGUAGCAUUGCUCACGGAGAGCUAGCCGAACGUUGACGGUGCUAAGGUUAACGUUUUAACUGUUGUCCCGACAACUGUCCACGACAGCGGCUCCAUUUCAUCUGACAUACCUUAUAUUUAACCACUGGUUAUAAAUUCAGUCGUUCAAAACUAAUUUUGUGUUAAAAUGCGGACACGGGCGUUGGUAGCGGCUAAGUGUUGACUAUAGGUGGGUAGCAACUGAGCUAGCUGCCUUCCGCCCUUUGUGACAAGUCCUGACCCACAGCAUGGUUGACCCAUUUCUUUAACGCUAAGCAACGGUUUUUUCACCAAAACGGAUCAGUUGACAACCUGAUAUUUCAAGUCUAUUGCGUUUGUAUUGUCAAACUGCAGCAAUUGUUGUUAACUAGCAGGUUGACUCAAUAAAUUCGUCAAAGCUCUCAUAUAAAAACGUCGUUAAAAUAAGUGUGUAUGGCGGGUCUGUUAUUCUGCAGUGUCUGGUUUCCUAACCAUUCAGUUGACCAUAUUGGUUGAAGUGAAAUGAGGAAAUGCACUUGGGGAGGAAGUUGACUCGAGCAGCUGUGACACUAAAGGCCGCAGCACAUUCCCAUGCCUCUCAGUUUUCAAUUUAUGACCUUCCAAUGGUUUCAGUCUCCCCUCUAGUAAUAAAUUCUAGUGGGCAGUUAAUACAAAUGGAUGGCUUUGAACACUCCCAACAGCUUGGUGGGGUGAGUCAAUGUGUAACUGGUGUAACAGGUAAGCUAAUUAUACAUUCCUGCUUAUGAGUCACUGCAAGGUGACCCAAUUUGCAGGAAGAGAAUACAAGAGAUAAGAUGCACUGAUACAACAAGUUAUCAAAGCAUGCUGAGGGCAUGGCAGUGAAUAGUAGCAGAAUAUUCUAAAUGUUUUGUUUAAGGCCGUUGACAGAACAUGCAUAUGUUUGAUUUAUCACGGAAGAGAUAAACGAUCUAAAUUAAUAGCAAGAAAUUUCACUCCAAUGUUUGUGUCGCUGAUCAUACUUGUGUCCAUAUGUAGCUUGACACAACAUUACUGCAAACAUAAUAGCUUAUUUAUCUAUGCAAGAUAAUGUUGCAUCCAACAAGAGGACGAUUCCUCCUUUUCUCUAUCCCUCUUGAUCUUUUUGAGAAACAAAGCUGCACACAUGCUGAGACAUACACCUACCUUUAAAGCUGUUUAGAAAGUUAGUCAUAGCUGCUAAUAUCCCAGGGUAGCGUGUACUUUUAAGUGAUUUCACCAAGCGAAAGCAUUUAGUUAUCUCUGCUCUGCUCACCUGCUAAAUACUGAAUUACAAAACGGCCUUGUUACAUUUGCAACUUAAUGAAGCUCAUUUUUAAUCAGGACAGUCAAUAUAACGAACGCUUUUGGGCGAGACAACUGUCGGGGUGGCAAGCAGCUGUGGUUGCAGGUGCAUGUGCGAAGAGGGGAUCUGAAAGAGAGCAAAAUGAUCAGAUUGAUGAAGUUUGCAAACUAACUACAAUAUACCUGUAGGUAAAGUGUAAUGGGGGAGUAAAUAACCUACAAGAAAGGGGCUGAUGCAGGCAGUGUGAGUUUAUUAUUCAACAGGCAAACAGAAUGAGGUUUGAUUAAGUACAGAGCUUUUGUUGUUGGGUUUUUUUUGUCCCAGGUUUCAUGGGGUUUCAUUCAUUCACGCCACAUUCAUGUAUCAGUCUGUGUCAUACUAGCAGGACCAAGCUUCAGGAUUUCACAACCAUUACAGAAUAACACUGAGAGGCUUUAUUUGCUCUUUAUUGUGCAAGUAGGUCACUCCCACCAGUGACCUGCUUGAUAUUAUUGCUAAUUGACUCACCGGCCAAACUAGAAAUAGUAUGGCUCCUCUCAGUCCACUUGGAGCGCAGCCUGCAGCUAAAGACAGACCAGUACAGUGGGAUGCCCUCAUUUACCAGAUGCCUGUGUCCCAACACCUGUGGGUCAUGAGAGGCACUUGUUUGUUCUUGUGCAUAGUUUGGAAUGAUAAAACUGCAGGUUGAACUUUGUCUUGAUUUUGUUGCACUUUUGUUCAACUUAUAUGGCAAAUUCUUCAUUUGACAUUCUAAGCAAAAUCUGAUCUAUGCUUGUAGGAUAUUCAUAGGAAUCUUUGUUUUAUCUUUUUUUUCUGCUUUUUGCACAAAGCCACACACCCUUCCUUUACAAAAUUCUUUCCAGCUGUAUCGCCUUUGUCUCGAUUUUCAGUACUUUCUUCUACUCAAAAACUCGUAUGUUUAGUAGUCUGACAUUUUACACCAACACAAAGGUAGUUCCUCUGUCCACUGGCAGCAUUAAAUAAGAUGGUGUCAUGAGAAGGGAAGUUCUCAGCCUUGGUUACCGUAACUGCGAAAGAUGAGCCCAGCGUACAGUAACAUGACUCCAGCUUACAAGGAAGGUUACUGGGGAGAGGAACACCUGUGUUGUAGUCUGCUGGCAUUCAGUCAGUGUCACUACAGAGUGCUGUGAGUGUUGAAAGGUUGGGUUGAAAUAGUCUUUUUUUUCCCUCGGUGAAUGGUCUAAUAGAUACAACAAAUUUAAAAUCCAGUUAUGUCCCUAGGGCCCUGACUGUGGUGAGAAACACAAGCUUUGAUUUCACUGUAUUAGCUUGUGAGGAUCUUUGGCUCCAGAACUACUUUUUUGUUGUGUUGAAAUCAGCCCAAAGUGGAAAGCUAGGAUUAAAAGCCCGCACUUUUCCCCUUCUUUUAAGCCGUCAGUGAAAAGCCAUAUAUGAUCAUGCAUUAGUAGCCAUGGGCACCUUGUGUGUUUCUUCUGCUGUGUGUCAGUUAAUGAAUCAUGCCCUGGUCGGCACAGCGUUCGUUUACUGUUGUUGCCACAGCAAUGGGAUAAAGCAAAAGGCACAAGCUCUCUAGCACUGGCAGUGCCUGACAGAUUGACACCUCUUCUAGAUGCUGCUGCAAGGCUGCCAUCUGAAACUAUAGCAACAGGUAGGAAUAGGGUCUUCCUUUGUUAUUUGUGUUUAUAGCUACUCUGUAGAGCUACAGCUGCCAGAGCUGCAGUUUGCCGGGGGAACAUAGAGCCCUGCACCAUAACAUGCUACAGUGAAGGGUGUUGUUAUUGUCAUCAGAGCUGUUGUUCAUUGGUGUAUAUAUAGCUGCUCAUCUUUACUGAUCCAGAAAAUGUUGUAGGUUGAAGCAGCUGUGGUCUAGAAAAUGCUUGGUGGUUGCAUAUAAACAAGCUCACUGCGUUUUCCUCUUACCUUGGCUCUGUUUUAGUUUCUCGGCUUUUCUUCAUUCCCCAUAAGCAGCUCAUUAGAUGUGCGACCACUUCUCGCAACUAACUAAUGUGGUCAUUUCUGGCCACGAUUUAAAGAUAGAUUUUGCAACCAAAAUCAGUUUCUCUGUCUCUGGUUAGAAAUGCAUUUUCAGAGGUUAAAAAGCUGUCAGAUCAGUUUUCACGUUCAGCCACCUUCUUUGAUCCCUGGCCGUCUUCAAGGCUACUGCAGCCUUUUCAGCUUUGCUCAGUGAAUGUUUUAAAGACGAGCACCAUUGCUCUUCUCUGAUCUCUUCAUGAGGGACACCAGAACUCCCUACAGGGAUACUUGUUGCUACUGCUGAGAUAAUGGUUGUUAUGGCAACAGGCAUCCCCUUGACGCUGCUCUUAGAAGGCCAAGUUAGUUUCCAAAUGUCAGAAGAAUUGAUGGCACAGUGGGACUCUGCACCUCUCAGCAAAAAAUGUGAGCAGACAUUCUUCUGUCUGGGUCUGUUGCCGAGUGUUGACCUCUCGGUACAAAACUUAUUUUCAUUCUAUUGGAUUUCUUUCUGUAUUUUCCACCAGGUUGGUUGCAGCGAGAGUAAAUGCCCUGAAAUGACUCUGGCUCUGCUGCCUGAAUAAUAAUUGGAUGUACCUGUGAUACACAGACACUGAUAGUAACACCUUGUCCUGUGCCUGACUCAUCAGCAGUAAAGUGAUGGAGAUCUUUGCCCUGCCGGUGAGAUGUGUGUUACUAUUUACUUAACAUCUAUGCCUAGUGGAUGUGUUGGGGAGACAGGUAGAGGUGUGCCCCACACAUAACAUACAUGCAAGUGUCUGUCUGUGCUUAUAAUUCUGCUUCUAAACUAGGGAUGUAACGGUAACCAGAGUAACGGGAAAUCAUGAUGAAAGUAAAGAUGAUAACGAUUACCAUAUUGUCAUUUCAAAAACGGAUGUGUGCACGUGCGGGUUGGGUAAUGAAUCAGCUGUGAGAUCGCUGACGAUAACUCUCUUAUUAAUCAGCUGUGUGAUUGAGGACAAUAACUUGCUAAUUAAUAAGCUGUGUGAUCGCAGAUGAUUACUAAUGCUAAUACUUGGCACGCGCUCUGUGGUGCGCUGCACAUACAGUAUACAUAUACUGAUACAUAUGAGUCUGAGGUAGAGCCACAUAAGAAAAAAACUAAUUUUUAAGGUGUGGCUGUGCAUUACGAUCAAUUUCAUGUAGGGGAAAACCCUGUGCUAAUUAUCCCAGCUUCAUCCCACUGUGUAGCUUACAAUUUGCGCUUAAACCUUCUACUAAGUUUGAAAUGCAGUCAUGGCAGAGGGAGGAUAUGAUAGUGCCAAACACACCCAUCAGCCCUCUAGGAGGACCAAGUCGGAAGUAUGGGCAUAUUUUGGGUUUAGUAGGAAUGUCGAGGGACGCUUACUUGAAGACGGUAAUCCUGUCUCGAUAUAAUGAAACAAUAAAAACAAAGCAUUGUUUAGCGCUAGUUAAAAGAAUCAAAAAUGACGUAAUUAAUGACUUUGAAUUCAUUUUAAAAAUACCGCAAUAAUACCAAAAACCAUGAUUAUUUUGGUCAGGUAGAGGUAGCAUUUUCAUACCGUUACAUCCCUAGUCUAAAUCCACCAUCAAAAAUGAUGCGUAGAGGGUUUGGUAGCCAAAUGAAGUUUAAAAUGUGAGACUAAGAGGUGCUCAGAAUAGUUGAAAAUGCCCCCUAGACCUUUAUUAGUGAUUUAUAAAAAGGUCUGUUGAAGUGCAGAUGGUUGUCAAACUCUUUCGGCUGAUGAAACGUAAUGUUUAACAAGCAGUGUCUUCUCUGUCCAAUACCUUAUCCUAAACUGUUACUAAAUUGCAACAUCAUAUUUGUUGGUGUUCUGACUGGCUGAGUUUUUCCAGAAAUGUUCAAACUACCAUGGUUCAAGCAAGUUAAUGUUCAAGGGCCUGUGUCGACUAACAUUGUUUUUUGAGCUGCCAGCACUCAAAACUUUGGUUCCAGAGUCCUCCUUAUCAGUGAUGACCGUCAUUACAUCAUAAAUAUAUCUCAAGGCACUUCCGCUUGGGUAGUAAUUGUCACUGUUUUAUAUAGGUCAGUGUGCUUCCUAUUUACUUUACACAUAGCAUUUACGGUUAACCCUCCACUGUUACUGUUGACAAGGUUACUAUCAAAGGCCCUGCUCUGCCCCUUCUUGUUUCUGAUUGGUUGGUGCGACAUGAACUAGCUCAACGGUGUCCCAAAAGUUGAGGUAUUUUCAGUUUUAAAAUGUAGAGACUGACAUCAGCUGAGGGCUGUAGUUGAAAGAGGUCAGUAGAUACAGUCUCUCAAUCAUUUAAACUCUAACUACAGGUGUCUCAGUAAAGUCAAUUUGUUGAUAUUUAACCAGGGAUGUAAAAAAAAAUAUUUGGUACUAGAUAAUUCAGAUAAACUUAACCGAAAAUCGCCUCCUAGAUUGUGGUAGAAGCUAAACUGGAGUAAAGCUAAAUUAACAGAUCCACUUUUCCAAAAGCCUGUUGGAAAUGAGAAAAUAUUCUCAAACCAGUCAUAAAAUAUGGAACAGGUCUUAUUCUUUUUGUGUCUAGAACAUAACUGUUUCACACGGAUAGUCAAAACUUAGUAUCCAAGCUGUCUUUGAGCAUGUUUUUGGCAGGAGCACUUGUUUGUGAUAAGAGUCCAUCUUACCUACUUAGCUUCUUUUGUCUGCAGACAAUCAGCGUCCUCUUAUUUCCCCGCUUUAAUCCUGAUUCAAAUCAUCUUCAAAUGUUUUGUUUGACUUUGUGUCCCUCUCAGAUGUAACUGUCCAGACGCCGACAGUGCUCGUUUUCAUGUAAAGUGUAAUUAAAAAGUGCAACCAGGCCGCAGCGAUGACAGACCAGGCCUUUGUUUGGAUAUGUUUUCCUCUUUUCAUUCCCAUUUCUAAGGUACCGAGCUCUGGUCUCUUUCAGUCCUUUCCAGAGACGGAUCAGUCCUUGUCCCACCCCCUCCCCCCACAGCGCUAUCAGAGGCCUUUGAUCGUCACACUGUUUAUCUGUGCUCGCUCAGAGGCUGCAAAGCGGUGUGAUAAGUGGACACUGCCGUGUGCGAGUCCGUGCGUAUAGGGGUGUUUGCCGGUCCAUGGAAAUAGUUGGGGUUACAUAUCCUCUCACCUCCUGUCUCCAGCCUCUUUUACACCGACUCAAGCGGCUAGAACAACAAGUACUCAGUGGGAAGAUUAGCCUCAGUCCUCGGGGAGCAGAGAGAGGUAACCUGUUGUGCUAGAUAGUGGCUGAAAUGAGGAUGUUCAUUUAGGGAAAUGUCAACAACAUUCAGAUUGGCAAUAACACAGCGGCUUUUAUCUAUCAUGCGUCAGACAGUUCUCCUGGAUAAUUAGUGUUUCUCUCAAUUUAAACAGACAUGCACCACUCCAGUCUAAUAAAGACAUAGUAAAUAAAGGCUUGGCUCAGCAUCCCUCGCUAAAGCCAAUAAAGCUACAAAUAUAACGUAAGCUAAUCAGCUGCAUGACAAUUUACAACACCAUAAUAUAGUGACAUAGUGAGCUACUGUUGAUGAAGUGUACAGUAAACGAUAGGGAGAGCUAAUCAAAAAGAAGUCGUACACACCACAGCAGCAGUACCAUGUCAACAUGUUUGUGCUGUUUCAGUUGUACCUCCCUAAAGAACAGAGCUUUGUGUAAUGCGCAGUAUGCUUCAGGAUAUAAAAGAUAUAAAUAACUGGAGGCCGUCACAGUCGAAAGGCCUCAAACUGUGUAAGUCAUGGUUAAGUUAAUUGCUGUACUGGUAAAAGCUUGUCGUUUUAUCUUCUAGCUGUCUACCUUAGUAUUUGCCCGUGAAUUAAAGCUAGGGCACUAAAACAAAAGUAAAUUCUGCCAAUUAAAAAAAAAUUUUUUUGCCAUAUUUAUUCAAGAAGAAACAAUAUCAUUGAAUUUCUGUAACAACCGGAAUAAAAACAGCUAGGCUUCCUUUUAUAUAGUUCUUACAGAUAAGCAGUCAUGAGUCACUGGUAGGAAAUGGUCGAGCCUUUUAGCUGCCAGUUAACUUUCAACCAUAUAAAUAUUUAACCCUGUCAACUUUAAAAGCCCUUCAUCUGUACCUCAGAGUCGGAGUUAUUCUUGUCAAUUCAAUGUGCCGAGUUGUAUCUUGUAAAGCAUGUUUAUUUAAAAUCUUAAGCUGGCUUUAAUGUGACGGUGUGUCUUUACAUUUGAGGCCUCUUUUGUUUUUAUCCCAAGCAAAACACUGUUUUUGAAAAAGCAACAUCAGUUUUUUGUUUUUUUCCUUAAAGGUACAAUGUGCAGAUAUGUGACCAACUACCAAUUGCUACUGGUCUAACACAAACAGGUACACGGCAUGUUUGCCCAUUCUGUGCCUCAGUAGAAACGUGUCCGUUUCUACCUGGUCUGUUCUGCUCAGUGUCAAUAGAUUUGAAUCGUAUGGCUUCUUAAAGACGCCUCCUAAAGCCUACCUUUUGUUCUCGUGGUCAAACUGCUGUUAAGCCAUUUGUCAGUACAACCACCUCUGGUGUGUCUCCUUAUUUCCUCUCCCCAGUGCAGACUUUUACAACUAUCUCGAGCAGAUCUAACAGAUGUGCUCAAGCUGGAUGAGACAUUGUAGUGAAUCUAGAAAGCCUUCAAACAGGUCGGCUCUGGCUGGGAUCUAGAUUAUGAGAAGCCUUGAAGAUUCUGCGACGUGUACACGUGUCUUCUAGGUUGGUGUGUUGUAUUUGUUGGAGGGUCAGCUUGUACCCUCUGCUUAUAUCUAGGCUUGAUCAAACACGCUGCACCCACACUCAGACUUUAACAGGAAUGAUAUGUUUGUCUUUGCUAGAGAGUGCCAAACUAAAGUCUGUGCAAAGGUUUUUAUAUCUACUGUCGGCGUUACCGCUCCAGUCUGCAGCAGCACGUCGAGAUUAUUCUGUCAAAAAUUUGAAUUACAGUUUAAAACUUUCAAUGCCGUUUCCAGAGCACACUGCUGUUAGAAGUGGGUAGUGUACCAGUCAAUACUGUCACUGGAGUCACGUGUGGGUUUUAUUCGACACUAACAUUAUGGUUUUAGUGCACACAUGGCAGGAAACAACACCAAUGCAGCCAGGAGAAAAUAGAGCAGCAAAGUGAUUUCUGACUGAUAAGAUCACUGAUAGGAUGUAGAUCCUCUCCCUGUUUCACUGUGAUACUUCAGAGCAGAGUUACACUCAUCAAAGAGCACGGUCUCUUCCUCGGAUCAAAGCAGGUGUCUUUUUUUUCUUUUUUUAAUCCAUGAAAGUGAACUGAGGCUCAGACAUUAAAGUCUCUUAAGUUUGGUGACAGCAAAUAAGAGCACUGCAGGUAUUUGCGUCUGUUACAAAGGGUCUACCUGCUUGAAAGCUUGUUUCAGUUGAUGACUUAAUUAUCUUAGGGUCAAGAUAAUUAAAAGAAACAGGCCAUGGCUGUGACUCACAGUCAGAGGUGUGGCUUUAAAUACAGUUACUCCAGAAGGUUGCGGCUAACUGCGGCUCCACUAAAGCUCCAAUAACUAAAUGACUAGUAUUUGUGACUCCAGUGCCAUGCUUGAAUUUUGUACCAGGAUUACUAUGCUUUGAUACAUGAGAGGUUGUCCUGCCCCAUUGUUUAUUUUUUUCAUUUCUUUGUUGGUGUGUUGAGACUUUUUGAGCACAACCACUUGAGCGGAGAUGCUGUCGAUUUGGGGUUAUUUGUGGUAAACACCCCGCAAAAUAUCAGAUAAGAAACAUUUACAUCCGAGACACUCGCAAGUCUGAGUCAGACUGUCUGCACAUUGUGUCAUCUCUACACACAGACAUGACAAAUUGUGACUCAUGUCCCAAUUAUAGCGCUUUGAUUAGGUGGCAGGGUCCAAUUUGCAAUUAACCCAUUAUUAGGGGCCAUAUGUACAGAUUCUAUGAUUCAUUCAUCAAAGCAGUCUCCCAUGCAAACAUUAUCCAGUGUAUCCUAAAACUCAGAGCCCUUUGGAACAUACUAGGGGUGGGAGAAAAAAUCGAUACAGCAUAGUAUCGCGAUAUUUUGUCUGGUGAUAUAUCGUAUCGUCUCAUUUACCAUUUAUUUUUUAAAUUUUUUGCUAAUAUGCAGUCAAAUCUAUGAAAAUUGAGAAAUAAAAUCAACUGUUUGUCCAGUGAGUUUGGCAGAGGUGACAUCAUAGAGCGGGAGAAAGUUAGUACAACAAAUAUAUAGAAGGUUUGCAAGAUAUGCUACAUGAAAAUAAAAUACUGUGGUAACAAGACAAACAUAAAGGAAAGACAAAUGCUAAAUUAGCUAAACAGUUGUGUGAAAAUUGUGUAAAUCGCAACAUAUUGUAUCACAAUACUCACUGUAUUGCAAAAUGUUGAAAAUUGCAAUAAUAUCGUAUCGUGGCCCAAGUAUCGUGAUAAUAUCAAAUCGUGGCCCAAAUAUCGUGAUGAUAUUCUAUCAUGACCCAAGUAUCGGGAUAAUAUUGUAUCGUGAUAAUAUCAAAUCGUGGCCCAAAUAUCGUGAUGAUAUUCUAUCAUGACCCAAGUAUCGUGAUAAUAUUGUAUCAUGGCCCAAGUAUCGUGAUAAUAUCAAAUCGUGGCCCAAAUAUCGUGAUGAUAUCAAAUCGUGGCCCAAGUAUCGGGAUAAUAUUGUAUCGUGAUAAUAUCAUAUCGUGGCCCAAGUAUCGAGAUGAUAUUCUAUUGUGGCCCAAGUAUCGUGAUAAUAUUGUAUCAUGGCCCAAGUAUCGUGAUAAUAUUGUAUCGUGGCCUAAGUAUCGUGAUAAUAUCGUAUCGUGGGGCCACUAGUGAUUCCCACCCCCAGCACAUACUAAGCACUAGUUUUGAAAUUUAUCAAGCUAAAAUAAGUAAAAGCCUGCUGCUCACAUAGUAUUGCAACAUCCACUGUGGACUUAGAAAACUGCAGAGUCUGAAGUUUGGUUGUGGUGCUGGUAGUGAUAGCAACUCUUCCCCACAGAGCUAUAAUUAAGCUCAUCCUACCCUCAUGACAGGUGAUGCGAGGAUGCUUCUCUCAGCAGAAACCUUGAAUUCACAUGUACCAGUUCCCCUGAUCCAUGACUCCUCAGUUCUAAGAAAUCUACAGGUGGGCACGUUAUCAGAAUUCAGUCAACAAAGCACGAGGCCACACAGAAUCCACUGACUCAAUGUAUCACUUUCAGGCCGGCACUCCUGUUUGCACACACCCCAGGAGUGCACACCUCAUGUGGGGCGCAGCAGCAGUUCAGGAUCUCUGGUCGAGUUCAGUUUUGCAUAGAGGCUUUCAUCUCCUGUUGCUUGUCCCAACAUGUCUGGGGAUUUCAGCGCCUUGGUAGUUACACUAGAUAAACUGGUGAGGCUCAGAAAACAGAUUAGAAGCUUAACCAUUGUAGCUUAUUAAAGUUCUGCGUGUGUGUGCGGUCCUUCUGGCAUGCUCAUCUGUUUAUGUGUGUUUUCAAGCAUUAAUGAUGUCAAGAGAGGGUUCUGCAUACUACGUCUAUUAUGUGUGUUGUGUUUGCUGAAUGGCGUGUUGACCUGCUCUGUUACCCCACACUGACAGGCCCCUGCAGUCUUGGAUGGUGUCCCAAAAGUCCACAACGUGCUUUUGUCUUUAUUGAGCAUGAAGUUAAUUCUAUUAUCUUGUGACCCACUAAAGGCUUUGGACGCUACAUCAAGGGCAUUUUCUGCAUUUUUUCUUAUCCACUUGCAACCAUAAUACCUUUGGGAACUGGAAUGGGAGUACUAACCUGUAGAUUGAUUGUGCAAGAGAAAAAUCUAACCUUCUUUUUUUUCCCUUUUGAAUAAAACCACCGACCUGCACUCGACAUGUUUUUUGCUCAAGUCCAAAAACACAUCAGCAGACUGUAGAAAUAGUUUGAUGCACCAGUGGAGCUCACUGUGGGUAACCAGUUCUUUGAGGUUAAACCAGAGCCUGCUUGUCUAGCAAUCACCCAGUUUGACACUCAACCAAAUGUACAAAGCUCUCUGAAAGUGUCCUCAGGCUUAGACUAACCUUUCCAGUUGUUUCAAGUGUGAGAAAAAAACCUAAAAGCAGCCGUAUGUGUUACCCAGUAAGGCUCUGGGUGCAAUAAAGUUGGCCUCUGUGCUGCUUUACCCCCCACCUAGUCACUGAGGUCCAGUUUGCAUUUCCUCCUCAAGCCUCUUUCAUCAGUUUACUGGCAGUUUGAGAGAGCAGACAAUUAGCUUUAAAGCAGCUCCAUAGUAGAGGGUGAGAUCCACCCACCUGGCCUAUCAAGAGCUUUGACGUCACUGAAGGGAACCAGCUGGACCAUUGAGCAGGUGUGAUCCUCUGUUUAUCUCAGCCAUAGUAACUGCCAAACCCCGUUUCACCCCUCUUUUCCUUUCUUUCCUUCGUUUUUUUGUCAAUACUUCCCACUUGUUUAUUUUUUCUUAUCAAGUGUUAUGUCACUUCCUCACAUCUACGAUUCUUCUUCUGGUAGCUAUUAUUCUGUCAGUGUUCUCUUUUGACAUUUGAAAGUAUAUCGCUAAUCUUUUAUUUGGCAUUCAGCGAGGCCACAGAAAAAAACAAAGACAAGCCUCGGUGACUCUUAGCCUUGUUUUUCUUUGUCUGCCGUUGGAUUGCAGCUGUCAACAGUUUCACCUUUAUUCUCCUGCGAAGUUACUCAUCAGUGCCUUUAAAAGAAAAAUGCACGUGCUAGUUUUCUUUGAAAGAAGGCAGCCCGGGUGAAUGGUGAGUGACGCACGAAAAGAAGAAGUGUGUGCUUUGGGUGUAUCUAGCAGGUGCGGCAGGAGCGUUAUCUCUCCACACUGCUCUAACUCUCAGAAGCAGAGGGGCUACCUCCCUCUCCCUGCGGCUGUCACUGUCCACCCUGCCAUGGUUGACAUCCCCCCUCCCUCCCUCCCUCCCUCCCCACUUCAACUCUGUGACUCUGGGUUCCCUCACAGCAGUGCAACCCUCCAGCUGCUCUGAGGCGGUACAGUCUGGUCAUGCCCAGGCUGGCUUCAGACAAAACACCAGCGAGGCUCAGGCACAACCUCAGACCACUAGACAGGGCUGCAUGUAAUACUAACAUCUUUCACAAGAAGGGGAGAAGAUGAACUCAGACGUUCCAUAUUUUGUGUAAAAGUCUGGCGUUUCGUCUCUGCCCCUCUCCACUCUGUCCACUCAGUGUCCAGACACUAAAGCUCAUUUGCUUGUGGGUAUUUUCCAUCUAAUUUUAGAACGUCCCCCUCUUGCUUUGUGGCCAAUCUAUUGCCCAACCCAGUCUGUGACUAUCAACAUGUUUUUUUUGUAUGUAGUGUACAUUGUGUACUGUAUGCAUAUUGUGGUGGUGACCACCUGACAGCUAUCAGGUGUGAACGAGUGCAGCCCCUAGCGUCAGCUCUGCAAUCAUGAAGAGGAUCAUCCUUGCAGUCCAUUAUUAUCCUCUCAUGAAUCUGCCAGUGAGCAGCUUCCUCAUCUCUUUACAUCUACAACAAAAAAAUGAAUGUUUUUCUUUCAGUUUGCUGAAAAAAAAUGGCCAGGCUUCAUUCUUUGUCGGUCACACUGAUGAGUCAGCCUGAAACCCGUGCCCGUGAGAUACCUAUGCCCUGAUUCCCAUUCUUUUGCGGCUUAAUCACCUGUUUAGGUUUGCGUGUCCUUUCUGUUCUGAGAUAUGGAGGCCCUUAUCAGCUCCCUGCUCUCCCACACUUCCCAUCUGCUUCUCUCUCCCUCUGUUCUUUCUCCUGUGUCACUGUGCGAGAUUUCUGUGAGAGGCCAGCUGAUUUGGGAAGGCCCCCCCAUCCCCACCCCCCCGGGCUAUAUCCACUUUGAGUGCUACUCCAACAGUGGAACACGUGAUGAAGAGCAGGGCACCAAGGGAGCUUUCUCUGGGCUGCUGCGUGGGCCUCUGCCUUUACUCGAUGACCUUUCUCCUAGUUCAGUAUAUAGACUUGUACAUAGCUUAACAGGCACAACUGGCCGGAUGUAACACAAAUAUACUUUCUGGUUCAUCAGUUAGGGCCCCCCAGCCAGGGGUUUGAUUUCUUUGAAUGUCAAAUCUCAGCUUUUCUGUUUAUCUUAUUUUAUUCAUACUUUGAUUAUUUUUUUUUUUUGGAUAAAGCAUUUUUCCUCUUUUUUUCAUUAACUUUUAUUUCACAAUAAUAUCAGAUUAAGUCAAAAAUAUUGUUUCUUUUUAUGUACAAGACAGUCGAAAGAGAGAAAGGACAGAGAGGACUUGAAUCAGGGCUGGUGCCGUGACAACUUGGUCUCUGUAUCAUUGCACGCUCUAUCUUUGCAGUGACCCAGAAUCACACUGUCCACUAUUUUUGAUCAAUAUGCUGAUUCAAUCACCCCGCCCUUUCUCCUGGAGGUUAUUGAGAGAGAAUGUUGUUGUACAUCUCACAGCUCUGGAUUAAGCAGGGAAUAAAAUGUACAUUACAAUAUUUUAUUUUAUUUUUUGCCAUAUGAAAAUAGGAAGGAUGUUACACCAGAUAAAUGAAGAGACAAUGGAGGAGUUGGAGAUAAGGAAGAAAAGAGAGACGUGCCUCUUUUUACAAACCUUACUUAAACCUCAAACGUUUUUCAGUAACCACUGAUGAUGUUCAGUUAUUAACAACAACAUGUGUGACCAGCUCUGUGAUCAUUACAUUGACACUCACACUCUAUGUGUAUGACAGGUGUAGACACUUCUAGGAAACACUGAGUGGUCCUGUAUGUGUACCUACAUUGUUAUCACUAGGAGUGGGAAUACACCACUUUAGAAUCAGUCUCCCUUAGCUAGGCACAUGACAGUAACAGAAUAGCAUGUUUGCAUUUUGCAGAUAUCGACUGUGUGUGCACAGGGUUUAGUUCUCACUGUGUUCAAGUUGGGGUUGCAUUAAAGUGAUAUCACACAGAGGUGUUAAUGUUGAUAAAAUGACAGUAUAACACGUUGCGAGCCAUACAAGCAACAAUGUGCAUACUGCGGUUUGACUGUUGCACGUACAUUAUAUCCUUCAGCCCCACUUCGAUUGAUUAUGACACCAGGGGUGUACAUUCUGCGUGUAUGGCUGAAAUAGUCUUGAAAUGAUCCCUCUAUCUACACCUUUUAUAAGAUUGACAUAUGGAAGGAUGUAAACAAACCUUUUAGAUAAGGGCCGGUUCACAUUGAUGCAGCAUUUUCCAAUUUCCAAGAUUAUCUCUUGUAUCUUUUAUUGACAAGAAAGGAUGGUGGAUAGCGUUGUAAACAGUGAGAGUGGGGAAUGACGUGCAGAGAAGGACUGCAGGUUAGAUUGAGAACCAGGCCACCCACCUCGAGGGCUUUAGCCUCUGUACUCGGGUGUUCGAUUAAACCAUAAGGCCAAACUGGCGCCCCAGGUGAUUUGGAAUUUCAAAAGAUUUUUACUUGGUAAAGUAUCUUUUUCUCUCCAUGAUGCUCAAACUUCAGACUGAAUCAUUCACAUUAUCUCCAUGUCGUGAUGAUCCGAACUGUGCAGCUGUGCAGAGAUAAUCGAUAUGUUGUUGACUACAGCUGGGAUGGCGUUUGCAGCUGCGUUUGUGCCGCAUGGCUUGGCAUACAUUGUUGGUGCUGAAACAGUGGAGUAUAUAGCCCAUUCAUGUUUAACCCAUCUGAAAGUUGUGACAUGUUCUCAGUUUUCACAGCCUUUGUAAACACUGCCUCUUGUUUCCUGUGUGGUUAAACACGUUUUUUGUUUUUUUUUGCUUCUACAAACACAUUCAAGAUGUACAUAUGUGGUGUUUGUUUUGUUCUUCCUACCUCUGUGCAGUGUGUAACUGCAGAACCAGUUUGCAUAUUUCAAAGUGAUUUGCAUGGGUUCCCAGAAGCAGGCUGGCUGGCGUCCGGGCAGGGCUUAAGUGAUUGUAGUUGACUGACUUCUCUGUUGACUAGCUAACUUAAAGAGAAGUGUAAGGUUCAGCCGUUGUUCAUACAGGAGAGUUUUAGCAUUCCGUAACCUCAAUCUGUCUGUCUUUAUGUGAACCUAAUAACAAGCUGUCAAGUCAGCUAGACAUGCUUAUUUGCACUCGGAUUGUUACCAUAGUUCAAUCAGAGAAGAAGUGUUUUGAACUUUAUCAGGAGGGCUGGGCGAUAUGGCCUCAAAUCAAUAUCACGAUAUAUUGAGCAGUUCACCUUGAUAAUGAUAAAUGUACGAUAACUACUCCACAAGCUGCUCACCGUCUACUUCAGCCGCCGCUCCAGCCACUCCAACUUUUGAACCAUCCUCCAUCUCCUCACCUGUCUUUCUGACUGGAUGGGGUGGAGUCACAUCUCCAACGUAGGACAAUGUCUUAAAGGGACAUGAGACCAUAGCCUACCUACACCAGUGUUGUUUUCGUUGACAAUGAAGUUGACGAAACACUGCAGAAUAUAUGUUGAGCGUUUGACUGAAAAAAUGCUCAUGAAUUUUUGCAACUCUGUUCGUCGUCCACCGCUAAUGUUUUCGUCUAGUCUCGUCAAUGUAAACCCACAUGCGUCUCGUCACAUUUUAGUCAUCUACGAACUAUGUUUAGCUCGUCAACAUCACGUGUUCGUCGUGGAAAAAAAGGGGCGUUGAUGAAAUAUUUUCGUCAACAAAAACAACACUGACCUACACACACCCAAAACCAACUUUUGUUUAUUUAUUUAUUUAUUUUUGACACCAAAUAUACUGACAUGGGCAAAAUGACGUCGGUUAUUGUCGUAAAUUUCGGUAUCAGUAAUUUUUCGGUUUAUCGCCCAGCCACAUUUAUCAGUCCGUCUGAGAGCACACAGUCUUAAUAUCUCCCCUGCACCGUGCCUGCAGUGCAACCGGAAUCUUUCUUCACAACUGCUCAUGCUUGCCUCUCAGCCUAGAUGUCUUUGGUUUGUGUUUACGAUCUGCCUUUCAGCCACUAACCCAACUAAGAAGUAGAACGUGAGAAGUCACCCAAGCAACCAUCUUUUCAUCUUGAAGCAAAAAGCUGUCGUUGCGGUCUCAUUAGACCGACCACCUCCAUUUUUUCUUCUAUUUUCAGGUUUCCUAUGCAUGAAGCAGAUCACUUGUCCCCCAGUCCCCCUUCUUCUUUUAGUUUCUGGAGGAUCAGAGGCAAACAAGACCUGAAAGUCUCAUUGCUCCUCUUCUGGGCUUCAGCUGUGUGCAUGCUGCGAUGACACAUUGUGUUCAGAACUGCUUUGAGGCAGUAAUUAAAGGCGUCACAGAGGAACUCGGCCUUUGCACAAAAAUACAGAAAAAUCGAGGCUGCUUUUUUGUGCCUUUGUGGCCACUGCCAAGUAGAAAAGCUAAAGGGGAUGGUGGAAAUUUAUAGGAAAGUGCGUUGGUGCGUCCCUUUGACAGUGGCUCCAGUUUUGGCGGUUCACUGUACGGAUAAGUGGCGGUGGGGUAGUGGGUGGAAGUAAGAGAAUAGAAGAGAAAGUUGUGUGGUUUAGUGGCCUUUAGUUAAAAAAAGAAACGAGGCGUUUCUAAAGAUUCUUUUUAAAACUUUGUAAAAAUCAAGCAGGUGGGAUUGAGAGUCUGUUCCAAAAAAUGUUGUGUCAUCGUGCAGCGAAGUUAAAAGUCCUGAGUGAAACAGGAAUGGAGUCAGAGAGCACAGAGAGUCUUGUGUCAGUCUGGAGAAGGUGAAAAGAAGGGAGCGUGGGACUGAAAUGCCGGGGCUGUUUGAAGCUUUGCCCACCCCGCAAUCCUCACCUUGUGACUGCUGCCUGUGACACGGUGCCGAAGUCCAAGCCCUUUUCCCUCCAGUUCCUUCCCUCUGUGUUGUGUAUGUAGUGGGUGUAGCAAUAGCCGUCCUUCGUCAUCCACUCUCCCCCCUCACCUCUCCCCCCUCCUCCUCGCUCUCUCCUGUGUUGCUCUCAGACAGUUCCAGCCAGUUUGUGGCGGCUGGGUUUAGACUGUCAAGGACUUGGCACAAUUUAACUGAGUGCUCCAUGGCUGGUUACAAACCAGACAUUACCUGUUCUGUGAGACACCCUUGUGAGGCCUGUGCGUGUGUGUGUAUUUGUGUAUGGCGUGCGUGUUCUAUACUGUGAAUAAUAUUAGUUUCCAUUUCGGGGACAGGUGGUGAAUUGACAGGUUGACGUAAUCCAGAGGGUGUAGUCGAUCCGCAGUGUACUCAACAAGUCUGGAAGGUAGAUGUAGUCAUGACGGUACCUCUCUGUGGACACUGGAGUCAAUGUUGCGAAUACAGAGAGCUUAUAUUACAGCACAGAUCUACUGUGACUCUGUGGUGUCCCACUGUGACCCUCAAUGUGGCUCCAGUGACUUUAUACAUCCAUAAAAGUACAAAAGCAGGCUAUACUUUAUCCGAAUCUCAUGGUUUAGCCCUACAGAGCAUCAAAUCUGAUUAAUCUUUUUGAUAGUUGCCACUCUUCCUGCCUGCUGUGUAGCCUAUGUUCUGCUACGCACAUGCACUGUCAUUGGUGCCACUGUGAGUAGGAGUCCGAUAAAUGUUGUUUUGAAGAGUCCUUAGUAGGGCUGGGUGAUACGGGAAAAAAGUCAUUCACUAUAUAUUUUUUCAUAUCAUUUGAUAUCGAUAAAAAUCACUUUUCAAUCUUAAAUGUUCCCUGUUACUCUUCAAUGAAAUUUAACAGUGCUUAUUGGUAGCAUGUCUUAAGCAACACAAUAAACUAGUGCAUCUGUGAGGUCUUUGUGUCUCUUUGACGUUUUGUCGUAAGACGUUGCGCUAGAGCAGUGGUUCUCAAGUCCAGUCCUCGAGGCCCACUGUCCUGCAUGUUUUGGAUGUUUCCCUGCUCCAACACACCUGAUUCAAAUGAUUAGCUCGUUAGUACAUCAUUACAGAGCUUGAUAACGAGCUGAUAAUUUGAAUCAGGUGUUUUGGAGCAGGGAAACAUCCAAAACAUGCAGGACAGUGGGCCUCGAGGACUUGAGAAGCGCUGUGCUAGAGAAAGCGGACUGAAUGGGCGGUCCAGCGCGGCGUGGACACGGAGGAACCCUUUUCAUUGGCUACUCGUAUACCCUACCAAAACAUGGCAGAACGCCGGCUAUCAAAAAGCAUAUUGACCAUGUUUCAUAUUGAUAUAGAGGGAAAUUAAUUUUUGAUACAUAUCAUUAUCAUUUUAUCUCCCAGCCCUAGUCCUUAGACAUCCGAUGAAGACACACGCCACAUUUAUGUCUGCUGCAGACAGAUGGAGAGCAGAGAAGAGAGGGGACAUUAAGUCUCUACAUGCUUAAUGUUGCAACCUGCUGCCUGACAUGCGACUCUACAUCCCAAUAGCUGAGGCUCAUAAGAGGGCUAUAUGUGUACAUUAUAGAUAGCGCACACUUUCUGCAGGCAAACACUACUGCAUGUCUCCUCUGGAUUAGGAAUAAUAAUCCAGAAGAUUAAUUUACAUUUUCCUGCAUUUCUAGUAAAAUCAUGCAUUGCUAACAGUAUGUUGAAUACUGGUCUGUUUGCAUGCCAGAAUUUAGGAGGCCCAAGAGUUGAUUUUUGGUUGCUAUGGUAUCAAAAUAAGUGUCAAACACACUUUUUUUUGCUGAUAUGGGAGCUCUAAUCUUCAAAAGUUUGCAGACUUAUAAAAUCUUAUCACAGUUACAAUAAACAUAACAUUUAUUUUACAGCUUAACAACACUGCUGCUCGCUCUCUCCCUGCAAGUCAAACUGUGCUGCUUAAAAUGGCUCCAUGGCCAACACUCUUACCUGUAGCCUCUGCAAUGAAUGCAUCGUGCCAUUUUCACAGUGGACCCAUCCAAAGUUUUCCAGCCACUCUGUGGGAAAACUGCAAGCCUUCUUUGACGCGUGUGCAUUCACCACAUCAUCACUGAGCAUCUCUAACUUCAGGAGUUGUAUUGUUUGCUAGUCAAGCAGACCACAAAAGAAAUCCCGCAGCACUCUCUUCAUCCUCUUCUCCUCAGCUCCACUGUUUCUGCAUCACUUAGCUUUCUAUUGUGUGCGAAUGAAUCGCAGUGAAAAUGAGUGAUUGGAGGCCGAUCUUAAAUCAGCAUGGGAAGUUAGGAGUGUCAAACUGACACCUUAUAGUAAUUCAGAUGUUGGAUUGCACAGAAUAGUGGUUGAUUAAUAAUACCUGCUGAGAGGCAUGCCCUGCUCUUGACUCACUUCAAAACGCUGACUCUUGGCAGGCAUUACUAAUCAACCACUGGUCACUCUAGAAAGGAUUGUUUAAAGAGGGAUUUUAAAAGAGAGCUCAAUCAACAAAUGCAUAAUACAUGAGGUUGCACUCCUCAUAAGUUUGAGCUCUUUUCAGAUGUAGUCAGUAGUUUUGCGGCUGGUUUAUAAAUGAUUCUUCCCCAGAUUAUUUUCAUGUAUGUGCAGAUGUCUAUUUCCAAGGAUUAAUACGCAGCUUGAGCUUAAUCAUCUAUAUGCAGUGGUGGUUUACAGUUUUGCGUAAUGGCUCUCCCGUGAGUAUAACCUCUUUUGCUCUGCUCCUCUUACAGCGGAAACAUGUUUCUGAAAAGAUUGUGAAAAUCAAGAUAAAACCUUUUGAUGGUUUGGGUUCUGCUGAGUUAUCUGGAAAAAAAAGUUGUGCUGCACUUUGCAAUAGGCAUGUAUUGUUAUGACUUUGUGACUGAUUAGGAAGAUUACAAGAAAAAAAAAACUUUGCCUCUGGGUUAGUAUCUCACAGUGACAAAAAAAAAAAUAAAAAUCACAGUGAGUUGGUUAGUAGACAGUUUAAAAGAGGUAGGGUGAGGUAUUUUGUUAAUAAAAUAACCUGCUUGAUUCCACAAAUCAGGAUCACCAUGGAGACAGAACGCUCCACUGUGGAGCCCAAAGUGACAGAAAAUAGAAAGGUUUAUUCACAAUCUCAUCUUGUCAUCUUAAAUCAGAUAAAUUAGAGAUUGGCACUAAAAUUAUCAUUCAAGCGAGGCUCCGGUUUGAAAAUACCACAUCACUUGAGUUGUCAUGGACACAAGUAGUCCUCAGCUGCAGCCUUGAGGCGGUGUCCAUGGUGUGCCAGUCAGUGUAGCUGCUUACGAGUAGAAGAGUAAUCCUCCGCUCUGAUGCCAGGUUAGGGUACCGUCUAUCUUCUUAAUAAGUACUCCUCAUGACCGUGGUCUGUGGUUACGGCGACUUUGCCAGGAUUUUACAGAUCAGCCUUUAAUUCCACUAUGCUAACCUCAGCACCUGAAGAUGAAUGAUUUUCACUGUCCAAAAUACAACCAGCAGAUAAAAGAUUGACAAGUUCUAUAAUGUAAAGUCACAUUAAUUUGCUGUAAAACACAUGGAUGAUGCUGGAUAUUUCUGGUCAAAUGAAUGUAUGGACUCCAGUUUACAGAAAACAACCUAUUUCUGUGUGUUGUAAAUGAUUCAAUACAGAACGGGCGUCACUAAAGUACCACUUUGUAAAUUGACCGGUGACAGCUGUAAUUAUAGCCGCUGAGAUCAUCUGCUGCCGUUUACCGUGACUCAUUAUGUUAUGAGAACAAAGGCUCUCGUGAUUUGAAAAUAUCCCUUUUCAAAUUGCUUGCUCAACGUAAAAACACAAAAUUACUCAGCUGUGUGUGACGUCAUAAAAAGACAACAACAAAAAAAACUCACUCUUUCUCUCUCUCUUCUCUUUGCAGGGUUUCUGUGACAACUUCAGCCGCACCUAUAUGGCGUGUGUGAGCGGAGAAUUUUGCCAGGCACAGCACCUCACCCGCGCGGAGAAGUGAAUCGGCCGCCCCCCGAGGGACUACGCUGCCCGGAAACCCCCCUGACUGCCAGCUCACUAGGAACUGCGGACUCUCCUUCCAAAGGCCCCCCCUGGGAUAUUGCGUAGUCCUUGGCCCGACUGCCCCCUGCGUGUCCCAACCAAUACGAAAAAAAGACCCUUUGCUUUCCACUUUCUUCUCGAACAGCCAAUCACAAACAGCUCUCCUGAAUGGGGUAAAAACUGAUUGGAUGACUCCUGGAUAGUCUCUCCAUCUUUUUUUCUUUUCCCCUUUUUAUUCUUUACAUUUUUUAAGUUCGUGUUCAUUCAUUUUUUACACUCUGGAGUACUGUGGACUAGCUUCUCCUUUUUGUAUCCCUCUCUCUGUGUACAUCAUCCCAUAGUUGAACACCUGUUGUCCUUCUGACCCACCCUCCUCCACGUGUUGUCAUUUUUAUUUAUUCAACCCCUCCCUGAAUACAUAUAAAUAUCCUAGCAGUCUGUGCUGACUUCUGAGCCAAAAAGUCGCUUUUGUUUUGUAAGAGUAUUGUAUUGUAAUUGUUUUUUAAGCCGUCUUGCCAACAUGAACCGCCCCGCUGCAGUUGAGAUUGUCCACGAGUGCAUGAGGUUCCUCAUCACCCACAACCCCACCAAUGCCACACUCAACAAGUUCACCGAGGUAAGCCCGCUUGGAGUCACUUUUUAAUCUUGUUAGCGCUCUGAAUGCAGGUCUGAUGUCUAAAAUCUGCUCCUUACCUUUACUCAUGUGCCAGGAGCUGAAGACCUUUCACGUAAACACGCUGGUGAGAGUCUGUGAAGCCACCUACGAUAAGGCUCCCGUUGAGAAGGAGGGGAUUCAAGUCGUGGUAAGCAAAAACACUCAAACUCAUUCCUGUGAGCCUUUUUUUUUUAAUACAAUCAUACAUCCUUAUCAGGGUACACACUUGUUCUCUCCUCCAGGACUGGCCUUUUGACGACGGCGCUCCUCCUCCCACCCAGAUUGUGGACGACUGGCUCAAGCUGGUCAGCACCAAGUUCAGAGAGGAGCCUGGCAGCUGCAUCGCUGUGCACUGCGUGGCAGGGCUUGGACGGUGAGUGGCAGGCUUUGUUAUUUUUUCUCAAGAUGUGACCUCAAAAAACUCAUUUUCAGUCCUUACUAUGUACCUGAAUGCACUUCAAGUUGUUGCAUUUUAUCAAUAAGUAAUAAUACUUAAAAAAAGUAAUACUUAAAAUAAUACUUGAAAAAACCCACAAAUGUCCAUGUAAUGCUUGAUCUAAAUUCUCUGACUUGUUGAUAAUUUCCUAAACUUACCAAGAGAAGGCAGACGUAUCGGACUGUAAUGAACACGUGCAGGGGCAUAGCAGCGAGAGCAUUUUGAGCAUGUGCUUUAAUCCUGUAUUUGCUACCAUAGAGGAAUGUUGCAUAUUUGUAGUGAUUAGUGUUUCUUACUUUAACACACACACUGAAUCUGCAGGGUGAGCCUGCCUGAAUGCAGAGGAAAGAAGAACUCACUUUUAGUCUGUUAUGCUCUCGUUUAAGCUAAAAUUGUCUGAAAUUCAAUUCUGCAGUUCUUUUCAACACCACAUGCUUUAAACCAGCCUCACACUGCUGCAAUCAGAAGAGAGGGACAGUGGUCAAGUUACACAAAGACAGCAAGCAGAACGGGGAAAUGGGAAGGAGGCAUUAUUUGACAUUUUCUCCAGUGCUGGUCUGUAUUUGGUUACUUUUUUUUCAGGGUGCACUCAGACGUGGCCGGAGUGCACCCUGCCCUAAGUUGAACAUGUUACUCUUGGUAAAUCAUCACACAUCUUCUGUGCAUUAUCCAGCCAUCUCUGACUAUUUGCAUUUCCCCCAAAUUUUGAGGUGACUGCUCAACCUCCGCAUCACAACGCCAUGUGAACCUUUUUCGUGCGUUGUUUAAAAAUGAUCGACUAUAGAGGCUCAGUUGCAUUAAAAAUUCACGAGGACCCCGUUGCGCAGUAGCAGCCAUACCAUGCCAAAAGCCCAACCCUUUGAGCUGUGCGAAGGCCGAGGAAGUGUGCAGUGCUUGAGCACGGAAUGGACAGUGUGUGAGUAGAAAGGCCAAUCUAGAUCACAGAGGACCAAAUACUCCUCUUGUAACAUAAGGUUUUGUACUCUGUAACACUCUUGUGUUUGUCCCACCAACUUUUUUCACUCAAAUGAAGAUCAGUUUAUGGUUCGGGAAGUAACUUAUCAACUUCAAAUGAUCAAAAAUUCAAACGUCAGUUUAUGUAGUGUUAGAAAUAGUGUCGAUUUGAUCUUUGCUUUAAUAGGAUUUCCGAACGAUGUGGGCUGCUAGUAGAAAACAAGGCUUCCACACACAGAGGCAUUUAAAAACGGCUCAGUCACAUUCUUUUUGGCCUCCAGUCUUCUCUCCACCCCCUCCUCUUUGCCUUUAGCACUUGUUGCACCCUCAGUACACCGAGGCUUGGUGUGAAAGUGAACGUGCUGCACUGUACGUGUGCAUCAAAGUGUUAUGUGCCUCAUCUAAAACAAACACGGCGCUCGGGUUCAGUAUCUUGAAUAGUUCCCCUCUGUCUCUGCUCCUGUAAGUGCUCUGUAAAUAGACGAUCAGCUGCUUAUCGGUCAUCACUGACAGCAGCAGUCUGCUGCACUAAUUCAAAAAGGAAGGGCAAUUACAUUUGCAUGUGAUUCGCCUGUUGGUCAUGAGUUUGCACAGUCAUAUCUACAGACUGAAGACAGAAGCACGUGACGUAGGCAGGCUAGUGUGAAAAUGUCUUUCCUGACCACAAAUGCACAAUUUCUCAAUGGCUCCCAGCGUUUUGGACGGUCGUGGCAUUCCAGAGACGGUAUAAUUACCAGUAUUGGUUAGACUGGCAUUUUCUGAAUCCAUCCCCUCUUCUUCUUCUUCUUCUUCAGCUGCUGUGUUUACUGCAGUCAUCUGGGUUUUCCAUAGUUUUACAGCCCUCAAUGUGGGAGGCUGCAGCUAUGCGCCUUGUUGUUGUUGUUUGUCCUUUCUUUAACAAUAUUCUCACCCCUCCUUCGACACUAUCGCUCUGUUUUUUUUUCUUUCUUUUUGGUCCCUCUGAUUCUCUUUCAAUCCGCGCUCUCUCACAUUUCAAUCCCUCGUGAAUUUUGUGUGAGAGAAAAGCCGCUUGAGGAAACGCUCUGUCAGCACUGAGAUCUGACCCGCAAAGUGGUCUUAAGAAAGUUGUUUUAUUUAUUUUCCUCACAUCCUGUGAGAAAGGAGAUGGUUUUCUUACUGUAACCUAUCUCGGUCCUGCGAGUGUUUGUGGUUGAAGUGUUAGCAAAAUGGCUCAGCAGGGCAACAGUGAACAUGUGCACCCCUGUUGAUUUCCCAGGCCUCUUUCCCAGGUUUAACACCCCCUUCCCUCUCCCUCCAACAUAUUACUAUGGAAGCAUGUGAACCUUGGCAUUAAAUCUUCUUUUCUCCGUUUCUUCUUCUUCCCUUCUGCUACACCACUGGAUUUCUUCUCCUCGCAGAGCUCCAGUCUUGGUGGCCUUAGCCCUCAUUGAGAGUGGGGUAAAGUACGAGGAUGCUGUGCAGUUCAUAAGGCUGUAAGUAACCUACAUACCUCUUAACUCUGGAGUUUAAUGAAGUCUUUGAACUCUGAUCUCUUUAGAGGGAAUAAUAAUCGUGUAAAUUAUUAACAAUAGCCCUCUAGAGCAGGAGUUGGUGCACGCUGAAUUAUUAUUUGAGGCUGUGUCUUUGGAUUAUUUGGCCUUCCUUGUGGAUAAUUUUUAAAUUUGACAAUAAACACAAUACUAUGAUACUUACAUUACGGGCGAAGUCGUGCCCUGUCACAUGUCAGUGUUAAAGGAAUAUUUCAACAUUUAAGAAUCUUAGAUACAUCGAGUUAAAAAAAAAGUCUACAUCCUUACUCUCUUCUUUUUAUGAUUCGAAUAAGACAAAACGUGUCAUUAUUGUGUUUCUAUAGCUUCAACCAGCCAGCUCCUUUCACUUAUGCAAGUCAUGUUUGAGCUCUAACUGUGACCUUACAUUUCUAAGGAUUAAAAAUGUCACCACCUCUGCUAAAGUCUUUCUUUAAUUACAUAAAUAGUAAUUGUGCUGUUCUGGACAGCAUGCUCUUUACUAAAAUGUUCUGCUCCUUUUUUUUCCCCCCUCUGCUUUUUCCAGUAAGAGACGUGGAGCCUUCAACUCCAAACAGCUUCUUUACCUCGAGAAAUACAGACCCAAAAUGCGUCUGCGGUUCAAGGAUACCAACGGCCACAACUGCUGCGUGCAGUAGGCUGCCCUGUCAGUGCAUCUUUCUUAUGCGCAUCUAGUGGGGUUAUCUUCCAUCUUGGGGAGAUAAAAAAAAAAAAAUGAAGAGUGCUAUCAGUAAUUAUUGUGAUGAUUUGUAAACACUGAGUCAUGGUUAUUUGAUCAGAGAGCAAGCCAGUGAUCGAAUGAAUGAAUGAAUCCAGAUCUAGGGAUCCACCAGCCGAACCAAUGAAUGGAAGGUCAAAGCACACAGAUAAGGCCCGCCUCCCGGUUACACUGUUCAACCAUGGGCCAGAAUUUUGUCAACUUGAGUCCAUCCUGUUUAUUAUAUUUUUAUUUCAGUUGUAAUCAUGGGAUAAGAAUUUUUCCACUUUGUGAAUUUAUUAUUUUUACACAAAAAAUGGUGAUGAGAAGAUAUGUCAAAUGAUACUCUGAUUUUUACUUCCACUAAUUAUUCAUAUUAUAAUUAGGCCAAAAUAAUGUACCUUUUUAAAGAGAAACCUUUUUAAACUUUGAACACAUCUUUCAGCUGUCCAUUUUGGUAUUGGGGUGUUUUGUUCUGUUAUUUUUCUUUUUGCACAAAACUCAAAACUUCACCUGAAAAUGCAGUAAGUUUUUUUUUUUUUUUUUCAUCCUCUAACCCUACACUUCACCUAGAGUCACUUUCAGUUUAGGGUUCACUGAGUUUGAAUAUGUCUGAGAUAUUUAUUCACAAGAUAUGAUAUGUGUGGCAGUUAUGAGUUUGGCAGGGGCAAGGACACUUUGUUAUCCAUUUUUUUUGUCUAUUUUUUUUAAUCCUUCAAGAGCCAUGUCUUUUUUUUUUUUUUCUUCUUUUUUUUUUUUUUUUUUUUUAAUCUUGUUGGAGUGCAAUAAUCGGUCCACCUCAGACAAGCCCACCAGGCCCUGCUGAACGUUUUAUACACACAUGUAAACACACACAUACACUUCAGACACUCAUUCAGUUGAAGAAAAAAAACAAGGAAAACAACGUAACAGCUCCUACGACAGGUACUGCUCCUGCUUGCAUUCAUGAGAUGGGCUACAAUAGGACUUCCCUAGAUACGCAGAAUCAAACCCACCCACACACACACACACACACAUACAAACACGCAUACACACCUCAUCUUAGAGCCUAAGAUCCAACCUGAAAGAUAAUGUGGAGAAGAAUGGAAAUGGUCAGUUUUUUAUUAUUGUACCCAUUUUGAAAACAUCCCCAAUUCGUAUUGGUUCUUUAAAGAUAAAUAAAUUGAAAUAAAAAGCAUUCACGUG